AUGGGAGAGGUAGGGGGAGUCGCAUUACCUGACGACGUUUGGCUGGUUGAUCUGGACUCAAAUAAAUUAAUAUCGCCUUCUGAAAUUCCACCGUUGCCGGAACCGGAAGGAACUAUCUUAAAAAAUCAUUUAAAACAGGCAAUAACAAACUUAUCAGCUCCCUCCGCAGCAGCACAACAACUGCAGCCUUCACGAAGGGAAAGUAUUCAUUCACAAAAUACUCUAAGUGUAUCAAAAAAUAAAUCAUCAGACUCAGAAAGUACACCUGCUAUGUCACCUGUUACACCAAAUCUACAACCAAGACUUUCGUUAACGCCACAAGUACCUUAUAUUCCGCCUAUGCGACCGCCGUCACCAUCUGCAGGUUUCAAUCCAUUUAUUUAUGGUAAUGAUAUUGACUCCGUUGAUGUAGCAACCCGUGUAGCCAUGGUGCGUUUCUUUAAUUCUCAAAACCUCUUAGCUAAUUUCUCGGAACAUACAAGGACGCUGCGAUUGUAUCCUCGGCCCGUUGUAGCAUUCCAGAUAAACAGCUUUUUAAGAUCGCGACCACGAGCUUCAAAUUUUCUAAACAAGUUUGCGAGGACACAAGCCGUCGAGUUCUUAGCGGAAUGGUCGUUGACACCAACAAAUGUUGCCUUUCAAAGGGUGCAGACCGGUGUUCUGGAUCCUUCGUUAAUCGGAGAUAAAUCAAAAUGGUAUUUGCAUACCUUGGAGCCAAUUAAAUUCGUCGUGUGGGACGACGGCAGUUCACUUAAUGGAGCUUUAAGAAGUAUGCAAACAGUCGAACAACAGCCAACAGACGAAAGCGGUUCUGAUUCCGAGGAGGGUGAAAGUACAAGUUCAAGUUACUCAUCUCUUAGUGACUUCGUGUCAGAAAUGGUCUCAUCAGAUUUAUCCCCAGGAUACACCUCCUACCACGAUCAGAGGAGAGCAAACGCACAAAAUAUGUCUUUUUCCUCUAGCGUUGACGUUGACACUGUAUAUAAUCCUCCUUCUGAACUUCAAUACCCAGAAGGUGGAAUUCCCAUUCCUCGAUCGGAUUCCCCUCAAUCUUCAUCCAGCAGCGAGUCUGAUCUGAGUUCUCCAUCAUUCAACAGAGAUUCAGAAUUGGAAUUCGGAAACAAAAUAAAAAGUGAACAAGCUCACGUUUCUAAGACUGAUAGAGAUGAGACUGGUAGUUAUGAAAAUGAAUCAGAUUCUAACUCUACUACAACACCUAAAACUGUUGUUAGUACAAAUAACGUGAGGCCAGGGUCACCUUCCAGCGACGUGGAAAAAUCUGCUGCAUCUCGAAAAGGACGAAGAUCGAUAACACCUGUACCUCCUAUAGCACCAAUGCUGCAAAAACAACCGAGUGUAGGAAACGUUUUGGCGAGAACGUCUAGUUUCAGUUCAUCUGGAAACGUCAGUCCAGCGCCUCCUUCAUCUGCUGGUAGUAUGGUUACCAGGCAGGGAUCGCAGGGUUCUAUUUUUGAACAAUUUACAUCUCAAGCAAAAGAACUCGUUCGAGAAACCACUCGACAGAGUAGUCAAGAUGGGCUACUUGCUCAAAUGGAUAAGUUAAAAACACAAGCAAAAGAAAAACUUUCCGAAGCUGAAGAGAGCAGCUUAUUUGCUCCUUUUGAUAAGUUAACAACACAAGCUAAAAAAGCCGCGGAAGAAGCUACUAAGAGCGUUCAAGUAGCUGGAAAGAGUGCUAUUGAAGCAAGUAAGACUGCAACUGCUAUGAGUAAAACCACUUUGGAUGAUUUGACUUAUGUAGGAAAAUCAACAUUUGGAGAUUUGACCAAAAGUGCCAAAGAAGUCGUUGCGAAGAAAGGAUUGUUACGGGGUGAUUCUUUUUCAAAACAAGAACCAUCUAGUAACACACAAGUUGUUGCAACUUCUAAUGUAUUAACAGGAGCUAGCAGAGAUUUUUUCUCGAAUAUUAGUUCUGAUAUUAAUGGUUUAGCAACGUCUACAACCAAUAUGUUUUCGGAUCUGUUCGGUAGCAAAAAGGAGCAACAAAAAUCUGUGGAACAUAAACAACAACAACCAAAACAAAAAGAAACUUCAACAUCUAAAGGAAUGUUCGGACCUUUCAAUCGAGGUCCUAAAGGAUUGGCGGAAAAGAGUCCUUUAAUAAAGCAUAUGCCCAGAAGACAAGAUGAGGCGCAGUGGAAACAAGCAGCCGAUAAAAAUGCUACUAAUAGCGAAAAUCAGGCGUUCCUUAAGGAUGUAAUCACGAGUGUUCUUGAUGGAGAAGGUGUCGGAUGGCUAAAACUGAAUAGGUUGAAGAAACUCAUGGAGGAUGAAUCGUACCGCAAUUUUGUUUUGAGUAAAAUAAAUAAAACUCUGGAUAGAAAGAUAGCUCCUGACGAUCAUAUCGACGAUGUGUGUAUUCCAAAACCCGUAUGGAAAGGAAUGCUGAAAGUAUUAUUAGCUAUAGUCCAUGGACUAGAGGUGACUUUUGGCAAUUUUGGUUUAGGAGGAAUGGCAUCUGCUUUUCAGUUGUGCGAGAUAGCUCAUACUCAUUAUUGGUCAAAAGAUUUGGGUGAAUUUAGCGGUCCGGAUUUGACACAGAGUCCCAGAUAUUCGAUACAAUCUUCCGACUGGGAGGGAUCAAGAAAAUCAUCACAAACAGACCCACCAGAGGUACGUUUAAUUCAGGGAGAUGACUCAGAGAAGGAACAAACAACGACAGAAAUUUUUAAAGACAUGAUUACUCAGAAGAAAAAUAUGUUGCUUAGCAAGCUAACGUCGUUUGAUUCGGAUUUUCCAAAAUUGCCCAAACAACGUACUUCAAGCGUUUGGUCCAGCAAGUCGUCACUAAGCACGGGAUUUAGAUAUCAUGGUGGUAAUAUCAUCAAUACUGUUACAUCUCCAAGUCCAGAUGGUAUAAGAAAUUACUUGUUUGAAGGCCUUUUAGGAAAAGAACGGUCCACACUUUGGGAUCAGAUGCAGUUUUGGGAAGAUGCAUUUUUGGACGCAGUUUCCCAAGAACGGGAUAUGAUAGGAAUGGACCAGGGUCCACGUGAGAUGAUGGAAAGGUACAAAAGUUUAAGUGAUACUGAAAGAAAAAGACUGGAACAUGAGGAAGAUAAAUUGCUAGCAACUCAACUUUAUAACUUGACAGCUAUACUGGUGAUGCUAAAUUGCCACAAAGAAGAAGUUAAGAGAAAGAUUAGAAGGCUAUUAGGAAAGAGUCAUAUAGGUUUAGUUUACAGUCAAGAAGUAAAUCUGUUACUUGAUCAAAUUCAGCAUUUGAAUGGAAAUGACAUCGAUCUAAAACCUUUGGGUUCAAGACUUCUUCAUCGCCAGAGUUUUACUGUUCAUCAAGGAGUCGAUUGCACUGGAGAUCUGAGACAAUGCAAUGAAAGAAAAUGGAAGAAAAACGCUGCUCUUGAGCUCCAAAGCAAAAAAAUAGCACACGAGGCUGACCAAAUCUGCUACUCGGUACUCUGUGUCUUCUCAUACAUAGCAGCCGGAACCGAAAAACCCAAAAUUGUCAAGAAACCAGCGGAACAAGUUUCUCAUUUGAAUCUUACAGCUUGUCUUAAACCGGGUGGGCCAGUCGAAGAAGCUACUGUUACACCUAUGGCUACCGUACCCCCGCCAUCUAGCCCCGAACCUGGAUCAGUAACUCCUUUAGGAGGUCCACCCAAGUACCCACCACCAGCGCUACCGCCAGGUGUAGCACCUCCUGCUCCCCCACCUGGAGCAAAGACUAUUCAUCCUCAGUUGUCGUUGCCUUCUAGUAAACCUCCCCCUGUUCCUAGCAGAACUAUUCCUUCCAGACAAAUGACGGUUGUUUCUUCCCAACCUCCUCAACCCCCGCCUCGACCAAAGUGA